AUGCCGUUGACAAUUCUGACAGACUCAGACGUGCGCAGCUUGCUGCACCAAUUGUCAAAGCAAGACAUCCUCGACUUACAGCAAUCUCUCGCCGACGGCCUGCACUACUACUCAACUGCAACCGAAGAAGACUCCAAUGCCUGUUGUUCCUCCUACCAGCCUAUGCGCACAGCGCUCAAGCGCAAUGACGGACAGACGACACUCUUCAUGCCUGCCUCGAGCAACGAUGGCAUCGGCUUCAAGGUCGUCACAUUAGCGACGCAAGAUACCAAGAAGCAGUCAGAUACCUCAUCCAUCACAUACUCCCUCAAGGCGGCCUCUCUGUCCGAAUCGACACAAUCCAGCAGCUCCUUCGAACAGCCUCAAUCCCUCGCAAGCUCACAAAGCACGACUCCAAAGGGUACAUUGCAGUUGUUAGAUAAGGAUGGGUCGCCUCGCGCACUCGUCAACGCCGAAGAGAUUACCGCUUUCCGCACUGCGCUUGCCAGCACGAUGUUGUUUAAGAAGCGGCAUAAUGUUCACGACGUCGUCGUGUUUGGUGCAGGCAAACAAGCAUAUUGGCAUAUUCGCCUCGCCCUUAUGCUGCGCUCCACGGAUAUUCACCACCUCAACAUCAUAAACCGCGACUUCGAACGCGUACACCAGCUCUUACAAUCUCUCUACAACCCUGACGAGCAGCCGACUAAGUUUGAUACCAGCACAACAAAGAUACCUUCUUAUAGGAAAGAAGGCGAAGGUCUGCACAGACCGAAAAUCCAGAUCCUCACUCCGUCGCACGGCGAAUAUGAGCGCCUCCUGAAGUCAACAAUUCGAGCAUCCUCCGUCAUAUUCUGCACAACGCCAAGUCUAACACCGCUGUUCCCUGCGCCGUAUCUUACGAACCCGGAAGGUAGAAAGAAAGGUCGCUACGUAGCAGCAAUCGGCUCCUACAAGCCACACAUGUGCGAGAUCCACCCCGACAUCCUCCGCCAGAACGUCACACCCGACCAUGGUCGACAUUUCCAUAAGCAUGCUUCUCAGGGCGGCGCAGUUGUAGUAGACAGUGUGGAAGCGUGCCUCAAGGAAGCAGGCGAGAUCAUCCAAGCCGGUCUUUCGCCAAACGAAAUCGUCGAGAUCGGCGAAAUAGUGAUGCUUAAGCGGGAUGCCGAGAAAAGACGAUCAGAAUGCAUAGCGCAGAAGCGGAUGAGUGUGGAGGGACUAGAUGACGACGGUGUGGAGUUGGGAGAGGCAUCCUCGACGAAGAAGAAGAGGCGAGGGAGCAACAAGAGCGGCAAAGAUGACCAUGAUAAGGAGCACCAGAGUCUGGUUGAAUGGCUGCAGAAGGGCAACGUCAUCUAUAAGAGUGUGGGACUAGGGCUGAUGGAUGUUGUCGUUGGUAGCGAUCUGGUGAGGUUGGCAGACGAGAGGGGGAUCGGGACGAAGAUCGACAAUUUUUGA